GGGAAGUUCAACCCUAAAGAUUUGGUUAGGGCUUUUGCUGGAUGCGUUUUGUAACAAGAUGAUAAACAUAACUUCAAGCAGUGGACAAGUCGAAGGAGUGACGGCCAGGAGAAGUGAAUCAGCUGAUGCUGAGUGCAUCAACCGCCUCAUCACCCCCACGACUGAGGAGCUUUUUGGUCCACUCAACGUCCUACAUCUCCUGUAUGAGGAAGGAAAAAGCCAACCUGGCGGUGACGUUGGCCAAUGACAAAGGGGAGGUGGUGGCCCACGCGUCGUUCCUGGACUAUCCUGCUGGAGAUGUGGUGGAUGCUGCUCACUGGGAAACGUACCUGCACAAACGCUUCCGAGCUGAGGCCUUCACACCAUGGAACACUCUCUUCAUACACCUGUUUGUGUCGCAGCACAGCUUCACCACAGCAAGCUUUCACCACAUCAUGAGGGCAGUGUUCAACACCACAGCUGAGCUUGAAUUUGUGUGCCUGCUCAACCCAACGUCCGUCUGCUUAGAACCAUGUCUGGAGGAAAUGUUUGAGCCUCUGCAGCGUCUUACAGUAGAAGCAGAAGAAGACGUCGAAGAAGAAGAAGCUCAGCUGUCAGUAUUGGUUUGCCACAGACGUAGAUUCUGUCCAAGACUUCUCAUUCGCCCUGCCAGAGUUGAAGACCACGAUGACGUCAUGCACAUUGUGGCAGAGCAGACCAAGCUGCUGUCCUUCAUGGACCAGCCUUACUUCCUGUCGGAGCUGAUUGAGGCUCAGGACGAGCAGAACCACGCUGCUGUGUGUGAGUGCGAUGGCGCUAUCACUGGGUUCAUCAGUGUCACUGCAGAGGUGGAUGUGAGGACACUACAGCGACAUUUUGACUUAAGAGACUUUGAUUGGUUGUGCAAAGGUCAUCAAGACGACAAUCUUGCAGAGCAGGCGGAAAAGGUUGCUGAAAAAAAAGUAGUAGAAAAAAAAGUAGAAGAAGGUGAAGGUACAGGAGAAGGUGAAAAAGUAGAAGAAGGUGAAGAACAAAGUGAAGAAGAAGAAGAAGAAGAAGAAGAAGAAGAAGAGUCUGCUUCAUGCUUGCAGGAGGAUUGUUUUGAAGGAACCUUCGGAGAAGCAAACGCCUUCUGCAUCCAAUUCUUCUUCUCAGAAAAGAACUUUGAGAUAAGAUCACUGGACUUUAUUCCAUACAUUUUCCAACUCUUCCCUGACUUGGACUUCUGCAUCAUCACAGUCCCCACAUUUUCUCCAGACUUCCCGCUCCUGCACAACUUUCUGAGAGUUCCUCCACGACGCAGCAGCUUGUUGCCCUCUGACCUCUACAUCCUGCACCGUGAUGGGCUCAGGAGCGUCACGGUGCGAUCGCUGACGCCCUCUGACCGGCCCGCUGUGUCUGACCUGGUCAUGGACCUGAGGCUGGGCCCUGCCCUGCUUAAGGACCUUGACCUCCUCUUUGACGCUCACACUGACACAGUCACUUUGCAGGCCUUUGUGGUUGAGGUAGACAAUGAGGUCGUUGGCACGCUGAUCAUCAGAGACGAAGAGGAAAUGGAGUACAUUCGGGCUCGCUACAACAUUGAAAGCUUUAUCUACUUCAGCCAUCAUGGCGACAAGGAGCACGCUCAGGUCCGUCACUUUGUUCUCAAGCGUUGCUUCCAGCACUUCAGCAAACACUUGUUCAAGGAGACGCUGCGUCUGGCCCACAAGUCCUGCCUGUACCACCGCGUGUACCCGCUCAGUGCCAGCCAGCAGGACUGCUGUGUCUAUCAUCUGGACUUCAUCUUCAACUGUGCCGUCCCCGUGCGUCCAAGACGUCAGAUCAUUUACCCUCUGAAGGAGCUGGGUGCCAACGCUCCUGCCAGGAGCAUCACUGACCAACAGGCCCCGUUUGCUCUCGGCCUCAUCAGCCGCAAGCUGACCAUGGAGCCAAAGGUCACCGUCAAUGCCAGAAUUGUUCUGGUGGGGGCGUCAAACACGGGCCUGUCCUUCCUUGAGGUGCUUUGUUUCUGUCCCCACCUAAGAUUCAACAACCUCACCCUCAUCUCAACGCAUGGUUUCCCUGACAACAGCAGCCUCCAAGGCGCAAAGUUCCUGUCCACGAGCCACGCCUACAGCAGCGGAGACCUGCAACAGUUGCCACUACGCUCCUGCGUCACAGAGAUCGCCGCCAAGAUGGUCGCCAUUGACAGGAAGUCCAAACACGUGCUGGUGUCCAGCGGUGCUAAGGUUCCCUACGAUUACCUCGUCCUAUGCACCGGCCUGCAGUACCAAGUUCCGUGUCCAACACUACUGGAUCCGAACCAGGAGGACACAAACGAGCAUCAACAAGGGCUGUCCUGCCCCCCCAGGUACACCGGGCCGGUACCAUCAAAUUUCUUCACUCUCAACGACCAUCAUGACUGUGCAACCGCCCGCCAAUGGCUGCUUGACAACUUUACGAGGAAGAAAGAUAACGCUAUUGUCUAUGGAAACAGCAUUGAUGUCUUCACCACCGUGGAGACGUUGCUCCGUCUUGGAGUACGAGGUGCCUGUAUUCACCUGGUCCUGCCUCCUCUGGAACGUGUCAUUUGCAGUAACUCGCCCCCCGACGCUGAGAUGUCCAAUGACCCGCCUCCUGACUCUGACUUGUCCAAUGACCUGCUUCUUGACUCUGAUGCAUCCAAUGACCCGCCUACCAACUCUGAUGCAUCCAAUGACCCGCCUCCAAACUCUGACGCAUCCAAUGACCCGCCUCCCAACUCUGACACAUCCAAUGACCUGCCCCCUGACUCGUCCAAUGACCCGCCUCCCAACUCUGAUGCAUCCAAUGACCUGCCUCCAAACUCUGACGCAUCCAAUGACUCGCCUCCCAACUCUGACACACCCAAUGACCUGCCCCCUGACUCGUCCAAUGACCCGCCUCCUGACUCGUCCAUUGACCCACCUCUUGAUUUAUCCAAUGUCAUGCUUCCUGACUCUGACGCAUCCAAUGACCUGCCUCCCAACUCUGAUGCAUCCAAUGACCCGCUUCUCGACUCUGAUGCAUUCAAUGACCCGCCUCUCGACUUUGACGCAUCCAAAGACUCACCUCUUAACUCUGACGCAUUCAAUGACCCACUUCCUGACUCUCACAUGUCCAAUGACCCGCAUCCUGACUCUGGCGCAUCCAGUGACCCACCACCUGACUGUGACGCAUCCAAUGACCCGCCUUCUGACUCUGAUGCAUCCAAUGACCUGCCUCCUAAAUGUGACACAUUAAAUGACCCGCCUCCUGACUCUGACACAUCUCGUGACCCACCUCCUGAUUGUGACGCAUCCAACUUUGAGGCAUCCAAUGACCCGCCUCCGGACUCUGACUCGUCCAAUGACCCACCUCCUGACUCUACCACAUCCAAUGACCCACCUCCCAAAUCUGUCGCAUCUAAUGACCCACCUCCUGACUCUGACACAUCCAAUGACCCACUUCCCGAUUCUGGUGCAUCCAAUGACCCACCUUCCAAUGACCCACCUCCCGAUUCUAACGUAUCCAAUGACCUACCUCCUGAUUCAAACGCAUCCAAUGACCCACCUCCCGACUCUGAAGCGUCCAAUGACCCGCCUCCUGACUCUGACUCAUCCAAUGACCCAGCUCCCGACUCUGAAGCGUCCAAUGACCUGCCUCCUGACUCUGACUCAUCCAAUGACCCACCUCCUGAUUCUAACGCAUCCAAUGACCCACCUCCCAAUUCUAACGCAUCCAAUGAUCCAUCUCCCGAUUCUAACGCAUCCAAUGACCCACCUUCCGAUUCCAAAGCAUCCAAGGACCUACCUCCCGACUCUGAAGCGUCCAAUGACCUGCCUCUCGACUGUGACGCAUCCAACGAUACACCACCUCAGAGUGACGACUACAGUGCCCUGCCCGCAGAGCCCAGUGUUUUCUACUUUGUUGACCCCGCUGUGGAGAAAGCUGUGAUGUCCCGCCUGCAGAAGGCCCGGGUUCGUGUCCACCGGGACUGCGUGCUGACCCACAUGAACGAUGGAGGUCAUCCUGAUCCUCUCAUGUCGGUAUCUUUCAGCACCGCCUCAGAACCUCUCCACCUGCCAUGCGGAGUGUUCAUCAACCUGUCCAAUAAAGGAGUGGACUACGACGCAUUCAGGAGCAUCAGCAGCUCCUUCCUGGUCUUUGACGGCCGGCUGGUCAUUGACGCCAUGUUUCACACCAACGACCCCUCAAUUUGGGGUGCUGGCCCGCUCACCAAAUUCUCUCGCUCGUACUACAGCGAGGAGUGGUCGCACGCCAACUUCAACUCCAAGGAGGUGGGCCAGGAGCUGGCAGCCAUGUUGCUGACCCACUUCGACCCAACACUGGAGCCGGUUGACGAGACACCAGGCGCCACCGACCGACUGGUUCCCAUCUACAAAAGUCCAAUGAUUCAAGGUGGGAAGUUACCAGGAAGAUUCAACUUUCUGCAUGUCACCAAACCAGCUGCCAGCAACCAGUCAGGAACUUCUGUUGGACACGGUCGACACGUGGCGACAGGACAGGCAGAGAAGGGAGACUAUCUCUGUCUGCAUCUGGACCACAACGAGCUGGUGGAGACACUUACCUGUUUGUCCCUAAAGCCCCUUCCUGUGCCGAACCUCCUGUGUCUGUACGGCAAGCACCAGACGCUCCUGGGUCAGCUUCUGGUCCGUCUGGACCUGGGCCAGAUCCAGGACCUCUACAGUUUCUUCAAGCAAAGCUGGUGUCUGGCCAUCUUUCACGACCGCUUCUGUGACUUUGAGGAAGAGCUGGUUUACGUCACCUCAGCCAACACUCUCACUGAAAGCGAGUUGAAGCAAAUGGUUGCAGUGGAGGACAGCACUCAUCAUCAGGCUGUGAUGAAGGACGACGCCAGUAAAGCAGCGCUCCGGAGGAGAGCUGCCAAAUAUUUGUCUUUCAACAGCAACCUGCUGCCCAUGUUCACCUGUCCUCUGGACUAAUGACAUCACUGCACCAGGUUCACUUUAUUUACUGACACUUUAUUUGUUGACAAUUAAUUUUUUAAACUCUUUAUUCAUUGAUAUUUCUUUAUUGUUUAUUCAUUGACACUUCAUUUAUUGACAAUUUAUUCAAUGCAAAUUUAAUUAUUGACUAUCUUUGACAAUGUAUUUAUUGGCAGUUUAUUCAUUGACACCUCAUUAAUUGCCUCACGACCCUGACAGGAGGUGUCCAAAGUGUCGAUGAAUAAAGUGUCUAUUCAUUGACACUUUAUUCAUUUAGUGUCAAUGACUUACUGCAUUUUUUGGGGAAUUUUGGAACAAGUGCUUUUCGUGUCGUCCUCGCCAGUUCCAUCUCCUAAUUGGCGGUCAAUGUGUCCCAACCUGUCGAAUUACCUACCCAGACGUCUCAUGUCCAGGUGAGAUGGAUGAUUUAUGAUCUACAUAAAACUUACAGGGAGCAAGGAAGCGAGAAAGCAGCAGACCUCUCGAUGAUGUAAACAUAGUGAGACAUGGAAUUGAUCACGUCGACCGAGGUGAAUCACGGCGUCGCUAUGAAUAGCUCUUCUGUGUUAGCACCUAUAAUAAUAAUAUCAUUAAUACUUGGUUAAUAUUCAAGUCACGAAAUGUAAAUGGAGUAUUGUUGCCGCUUUUUGGAUGGUUAUUUAUUGGAUGUUAUGGGCAAAAUAGUGCAGAUCCCAAGCAGACUUUUAUUUACAUUUAUUUAAUAUUUAGAAUGCAUUAAAAAAAUAUCCCUCCGUCAUCACGUCCUUCAUAGUGAUUGUGAACGAUAGGCAAAAUUCCAAAAAAAAGUGCAGCUCCCCUUUAAGUCUCAAUAAAUAAAGUCAUAUUGACAUAUGGUGGAUUAUAUUAGACAAUAAGAUUGUUUAUUGCACAGCAGCAGACAAGGCAAAUUGGCAAAAAGUAUCAACAGAAGCAAAGCAUAAGGCUUGAAAAAAUACAAAGUACAACUGAGGCAAAAUAAACUGGGAAUAAACAAUAAAUUUUAAAACAAAAAGUGAAGCAGCACUGCUUGGGAAAGGAUAACAAAAAAUUGGCGUGAAGCCGGAUAAAAGUAGCAACAAAAGACCAUAAACAAAAAAUCAGAGGCGAGCCUGCAAGAAGCCAGGAGUAACAAUACAUCUGAAAAUAUUUGCAAAACCAGCAAACUAAUGUCAAGAAGGUCAGAAAAUCCACGCAACGAUCCACAACCAAUGAACGCAGAACACUGCUUAAAAGGGCCUAAUGGCCUGAUCAGUUUCAGGUGUUAAUUUUCAGGCCCAGCAAGGUUUACAAACACAAAAAACAGAUGAAAAACCGAACAAUGGGCAAAGUUAGAGUAGCAAAAAACUACAAAACCCAAAAGUUACAAACAUAACACAUCUGCUGUCAACACUCUGUGAGACAAUGUGAUAUGAACAUCCAAUCAGUGAUAUACUGUAAGUGUAAUUGAAUGUAAUUAACAUACUGAUUAUUAUAAACAUAGUAGUACAGUUAAAAAGUCUUGCGAUGUACGACAGUAUUCAAUCAUUCGUUUAAAAUAUGUCUGCAGCACAACCUUCAAUAUUUACUGUAUUUUCCAGACUAUAGACUGCAUCCACUUAAGCUGCAUCCACUGAAUUAAAAACAACAAAAUGUUUUCCAUAUAUUAGUCGAACCGGACUAUAAGCCGCGGAUAUAUAUUUGUGAAAUGUAUUAUUUACACAGAAAGAUUUUGUAUAUGUGUAACUUACACACCUAAUUGUUUCCAAACGGUGCAUGCCAUACGGCAGUAAAACAGCUGAUCAAGCAAUGCAAUGAAGAAAGUGUUGUUAAUUUGGCUCUGGUAGCAGAGCAAUAAUUGAACACUUCAUUAGGUACACUUAUGAGGUCCAAUUUUUAAAGAAAUAGUUGUGCUUGCAUGACAUGUGCCUGCCCUUUUUAGGUCGCAUGUUUUUGAAACAUCAUCGUCCUUACAGCUGUAUGCUAAUAAGGCGCACACAUGUUAGCAUGACAAUGUACUAACAUGAUUAUUAUCUUCUAGAAUGAGCCCACCGAUAUUUCGAUUGGCUGCACCGGUCACAUGACCACAUGUCAUCUGAUCCUCAAUGAACUUUCAUGCAGAUCACACUUUGACC